UUAUUGUGACAUGCGCAUGAGCCGCAGCUAACUUCGCGUGUAUUUCUCUCGCGCAAGCUCUUUCUUCCGUUUAAUAUUUUGACAAGAUGAAGAUCGGUCUUUGCGCCUACAGCGGGUACAAAAUUUACCCAGGCCAUGGCAAAACCAUGGUUAAAGUUGAUGGAAAGAACUUCACAUUCCUCAACUCAAAAUGUGAACGUGCUCACUUAAUGAAGAGGAACCCACGUAAAGUUACAUGGACCGUGCUCUACCGUAGAAAGCACAAGAAGGGUCAAGAGGAAGAAGCUACCAAAAAGCGUACUCGCAGGACCCAGAAGUUCCAACGUGCUAUUGUAGGCGCUAGUUUAAAUGAUAUUUUGGCCAAACGUAACCAGAGGCCAGAAGUCAGGAAAGCACAGAGAGAACAAGCUAUUCGUGCUGCAAAAGAACAGAAAAAAACUGUUAAGACCGCAAAGAAAGCUGCAGCCCCAGCUAAGGCUAAGGCAGCACCCAAACAGAAAAUUGCGAAGAACGUCGCUAAAGCCGCUCCCAGAGUUGGAGGAAAACGUUAAGUUAUUUGUGUAUUAAUAUAAUUUUAUAAAUAAACGUAUUAUUACACA